CUUUGAGGAAGUUGUAAACUUGAGGAUGAGAAUAAAACUGUUUACAUUUUUCAAAUAAUUGAAUCAUAAUCUAACGUUUAGUGAUUGGAAAGCCUUUAAACCAACACAUUUGAGCAGAUAUGUCACAAACAUUGGCACUCUGCACGAGAUUGUGCGCAAAAUAUCCGAAGAGAAUAGUUAAUUUCAUGAAUAUUUCUUGUGUUCUACUGAUUUUAGCGACGAUUUCACGACCAAUUAUUACAGAUGAUCAACAUAUCCAACAUGGAAACAGGACGUGUAUUCCUGCUGAAGCUGAGCCAUUGCUCAACUCAAGUGGAUGUUAUCCUUUGGUAAAUUUUACCCGAUCUUUUUGUCAGAAUCAUGGAGUCACAUUGUCAGACUACACAUACCAAACGCCGGACGAUCAAAGCUAUAACAAUAAUGAGGGCAAUAAAGCGCACGACCAACUUGUCAGGCUUGGCGUGCCUAAAGUAAGCAGGUUCUUUAAUGUGGACAACGACACGUUCAUAAAGUGCUUACAUGCUUUUAUGCCAUUCGCUUGUCAUUAUCAUUUCCCGAAUUGUGACGGAACGCAAAGCGAGUAUAAAAAACAAAAGAUUUGUCGGAAAACAUGUCUUAAUCUUAUUCGUAUAUGUGGAAAAAUUUGGGAUUUUUAUGCCAAGUUUUUAAUGCAUAAUAAUCCACAGCCGGAGUGGAAAAAACUUGUUUAUUGCAAACUACAGCCUUAUAGAAAUGCUGGGGACUCCCCAGAAUGCUGGUAUGCUGAUCUUGAAGAUUCACCAGUUACAAUUCAAGAUCCGAAAUGGAAAACCAAAGCAGAUUGUCUAUACUUAAACGGAAGCAGUUACAAUGGGAACAUAUCAGUGACAGCCUCAGGUAUUCCUUGUCAGUCAUGGACAGAACAAUGUCCACAUCGUCAUACCAUGAACACCACAUAUUCAGAAUUAAAUAACGCCAAGAAUUACUGUCGUAAUCCCAAGAACUCAGGACAAAGACCUUGGUGUUUUACUACAGAUAGGAAGAAGAGAUGGGAGUACUGCGAUAUCCCUAAAUGUAAACCAGUUCAUGGUAAUUAUGGCAACUGGUCAUUGAGCAGUGCGUGUAAUGUAACUUGUGGUGAAGGUUUUGAAACAUGGACACGAGAUUGUGACAGUCCUGGACCAAAGUUUGGUGGAAGAAACUGUAGUCAACUAGGAGAAGCGAUUGAGUACAGACCAUGUCAAGCAACACCAUGUCCUGUUAACGGUGGUUACACCAGCUGGAGUUUGGAUGUCCCAUGCAAUGUUUCGUGCGGUGAAGGAAUGGAAAUAUGGCGACGUAUUUGUUAUAAUCCAGAACCAAAAUACGGAGGAAAUAAUUGCAGUCAAGUUGGAAAGUCAAUCGAUUUACGAAAAUGUAACAAAAAACCAUGUCCAGUCGAUGGUAACUAUGGCAACUGGACAAGAUUGUCGCCAUGUAGUACCACGUGUGGUCAGGGUGUUGAAAUUUGGGUACGAAACUGUGAUAACCCCCCGGGAAAAUACGGUGGAAACUGCAGUAAGCAGGGAAUUGAUCAUGAAAAUCGACUGUGCGUGAAGAAACGUUGCCAGGUUGUUUCCCACACCAAGACAGUUUUUUUAAUCGUUGCUGCAACCUUUGUGAUCGUCGUGAUAAUCAUGAGUUUUCUGUUCAUUCAUCGUAAACGACGUGGAAGAAGAGGCAUCCCUUUCUACGCCAUUGUAAAAUUCGUCUCGGAACGUUCUCCUCGUGAACAACAGCCUCAGGAAAACGACGUACCACAAGAGACUGCUUAUGUUGAUGUUGAAUAUCAAAACUUGACAACUGAUGGAGACCCGAUCUCAGGCGACUCGCGUGGUGUUGUAAACGACGAAGGAGAUUACGUCAAUACAAGACCUUCGCGAAGCUCAUGGUAUGAUAGAUUACAGCUUUUUCGACCAUUAGCUAUUGAUUGGCUACGAAAUGCGUGGGGGAAUGUUGACGAGGAAGGUCACCAUGUUUAUGACGUCACGCAACGUGUCAGACAGGUUUCUAUUCCUUACGACAAGUUGAGAAACACCGCGCAGGACGACUCGGCAAAAAGAAUGGAGACAAGUGAUUCAACUUAUGAUACACCUGAAAGACCACCAGUGGUUAUAUAUAGCUCAGUGUCAAGGGAAGACUGCACCAAUGACUGAAAUUGCAUGAAAUAUUGAAAUAAAAAACGUUGCUUCCUAGUCUAAAAGGGAUUUAUUUCGUUUCAGGAAUAACAAGGAAAAAUUGUUGUCAGAAAACAAGCGAAUUACUUUUUCUCUUUAGUUGUGCGUUUUCUUGCAAUAAUGGCUUAUCCAUUUUAGUCUAAUUCUUUUACUAGCUUGAAGCACUGUUUAUAUAUCAUAUAUCGAUAAUUAAUAAAGUCACUUUCAUUUUCUAACCGAAAAAAAUAUGAAGCUUCACGAUUUCGGAGUUAUUUCAAACGUUUUCUAACUUUAUAAUUGCGUUUAGUGAAGUAUUCGCGAUUUUCGUCAGUGUCGUUUGAUGGCAUGGUCGUUUAUAUUUUUAGUAUACGAAAUCGCAUUUAUACUGUGAAUUAUUGUCAUUGUCUUGCUAAAUUUAUUUAUAAUUAUAAGUUCUGUAUUGUCUGAGGAAUGUUCGCAGCCAUUUAAACAUGCUCGGCUGCUUUCUUUAAUUGCUGUUCAAAGAAAGCUUUUAUAAUUUCCUUUCAGGAAGUUGUAACCUUGAGGAUGAGAAUGUUUUUAAAAUAGAACUGUUUACGUUUUUCAAAUAAUCACAAUCUAACGUGUAGUCAUUGGAAAACCAACACAUUUGAGCAGAUAUGUCGCAAAUAUUGGAACUCUGCACGAGAUUAUGUGCAAAAUUUCCGAAGAGAAUAGUUAAUUUCAUGAAUGUUUCUUGUAUUCUACUGAUUUUAGCGACGAUUUCACGACCAAUUAUUGCAGAUGAUGAACAUCUUCAACAUGGAAACAGGGCGUGUAUUCCUGCUGAAGCUGAACCAUUCCUCAACUCAAGUGGAUGUUAUCCUUUGAUAAAUUUUACCCGACCUUUUUGUCAGAAUCAUGGAGUCACAUUGUCAGACUACACAUACCAAACGCCGGAUGAACAAAGCUAUCACAAUAAUGACGGCAAUAAAGCAUACGACCAACUUCUCAGGCUUGGCGUGCCUAAAGGAAGCAGUUUCUUUAAUGUGGACAACGAUACGUUGAUAAAGUGCUCACGUGCUUUUGUGCCAUUCGCUUGUCAUUAUAAUUUCCCCAAUUGUGACAGAACGCAGAGCGAGUAUAAAAAACAAAAGAUUUGUCGGAAAACAUGUCUUAAUGUUAUUCGUAUAUGUGGAAAAAUUUGGGAUUUUUAUGCUAAACUUAUAAUGCUUAAUAAUCCACAGCCAGAGGCGGAGGUGAAAAAAUUACUUUAUUGCAAACUACAGCCUUAUAGAAAUGCUGGUGACUCCCCAGAAUGCUGGUAUGCUGAUCUUGAAGAUUCUCCAGUUACAAUUCAAGCUCCGGAAUGGACAACCAAAACAGAUUGUUUAUACUUAAACGGGAGCAGUUAUCAUGGGAACAUAUCAGUGACAGUUUCAGGUAUUCCUUGUCAGUCAUGGACAGAACAAUGUCCACAUCGUCAUACCAUGAACGCCACAUAUCCAGAAUUAAAUAACGCGAAGAAUUACUGUCGUAAUCCCAAGAACUCAGGACAAAGACCUUGGUGUUUUACUACACAUAGGAAGAAGAGAUGGGAGUACUGUGAUAUCCCUAAAUGUACACCAGUUCAUGGUAAUUAUGGCAACUGGUCAUUGAGCAGUGCGUGUAAUGUAACUUGUGGUGGAGGUUUUGAAACAUGGACACGAGAUUGUAACAAUCCUGGACCAAAGUUUGGUGGAAGAAACUGUAGUCAACUAGGAGAAGCCAUUGAGUAUAGACCAUGUCAAGCAACACCAUGUCCUGUUAACGGUGGUUACACCAGCUGGAGUUUGGAUGUCCCAUGCA